AUGGCUUCUCGAUCAUUCCCAUCGAUUUCGUUUCAGCGCAUUAUGGCUUUUGUGAAAGCUAGGCCGGGUAUUGUAGCGGGCGGAGCUCUACUAGCAGCGUACUUCCUUGACCCGGACGAAAGAAGUGAAGACGAUGUGGAUGAGCUACCCUUGCCAAGCUUCCAUAAUAAAUUAUUACAAAAUCAGAACCGCUCCAAUCGUCAUAUCCUGCCGCCCUCAAACCUAAUCCACAGUGUCACAGCUGGCUGUCUUUCUGCAAAGAAGAGCCUCGACACGCACCCAACUGGAACUGAGGGGACUCUUGUGACCAAUGCGGCCCACUUCGAAAGCCUUUAUCAGCUAGGUCCCAAGUUAGGGACAGGCGCGUUUGCAGUCGUGUAUAAAUGCACGCCAAAAUCCACGUCGAGCAACGUGGCCGCAGUGAAAGUUUUUGAUUUGAGUCGGGUUCCCGCGAAGAAGCAAGCCAGGAUCAGGGCGGACAUCCAUAAGGAGUACACCAUCCUCCAAUCCCUCCAGCACGAUCGCAUCGUCCAAGUCUACGACCUGUUCGAGGCCCCCACGCAAAACAAGGUGUACGUGGUGAUGGAAUUUUGCCAAGGCGGGGAGCUCUUCGAACGCAUCGUCGCCAAGACGACCUACAACGAGAAAGAAGCCCGAGACGUGAUCCGGACGCUCCUGACCGCCCUGGCCUUCUGCCACGAGGACGCAGGGGUCGUGCACAGGGAUUUGAAGCCGGAGAAUCUCCUCCUGGAAAGCGAAACGGACGACCUGCACAUCAAAGUGGCGGACUUCGGGGCCGCCUGUCUGAUCACCGAAUCCGACUGUCUGUCUCACUACUGCGGCACGCCUUCCUACACGGCGCCUGAGAUUCUGGCUCGUCAGAAAUAUGGGCCCAAGGUGGACGUGUGGAGCGCCGGCAUCAUUGCCUACAUCCUCUUGGGAGGGUACCCUCCUUUUGCCGACAACCAGGACCAGCUCCGAAAGGUAAACGGCCAGGCCUUUCUGGCUCAACGGCUAGGAUUUUGA